AUGCUGGCAACAACCGCUGCCUUUCCCGCGAUUGCCGAAACACCCGCGGACACAUUCGUGAUCGCCCGCAACACAGCGGAUGCAAUUACGCUUGAUCCUGCUGAGUGCUUUGAGUUCACCGGUGGCAGGAUCGUCGCAAAUCUUUAUGAGCGGCUGUUCCUGUUCGAGCCUGACAACCUGACAAAACUUGUCGGUGGUAUUGCCGAAUCCUACGAGUUCUCCGACGACGGCAAGAAAAUCACCGUCAAGCUGCGCCCCGGGCUGACCUUCCAUUCCGGUAACCCGAUCACCGCUGCAGACGUUGCCUACUCGCUUGGCCGCGCUGUGAAGCUCGACAAGACGCCGGCUUUCAUCAUCAAGCAGAUCGGCUGGACGCCCGAGAAUGUCGACGAGGCAGUGGUUGCUGUCGAUGACACCACGGUCGAGAUCAACAUUCUGGCGGACAUGUCACCGGCGCUCGUGCUGAACCUCCUGUCGGCAGGCGUGGCAUCCAUCGUGGACAUGAAGGAAGUUCAAAAACACGAAGUCGACGGCGACAUGGGUUACGCCUGGCUGAAAGAUCAUUCCGCUGGUUCAGGUCCCUACAAGCUGAAAACCUGGAAAGCCAACGAAGUUGUCAUGCUGGAUGCAUUUGACGAUUACCGCCAGGGCAAGCCGGCCAUGAACCGCGUCGUCAUCCGCCAUGUGGCUGAACCAUCCGCACAGCGCCUGCUGCUGGAAAAAGGCGACGUUGAUGCCGCAAUGGAAUUGACGGCCGACCAGCUCAAGGGUCUUUCCGGCAAUUCGGACGUCUCCGCGGAGAGCUAUCCCAAGGGAUACCUGAUGUAUCUGGCGAGCAACAUGGACCAUCCGGUUCUGUCGAAGCCUGAGGUUCGUGAAGCGCUGAAAUACAUGGUCGACUAUGACGGCAUGGUGGGGUCCUUCCUCGACGGCCAAUACAAGAUCCACCAGAAUUUCUGGCCAUCAGGUAUGUGGGCAGCGGCAACCGAUACGCCGUAUAGCCACAACAUGGAAAAGGCCAAGGCGCUGAUCGCAGAUGCCGGACUUGACGCCGACACCAAGAUCACGAUCGACACGCUGAACAAGUCUCCGUUCACGGAAGUGGCCCAGAGCGUUCAGGCCAGCUUGAAGGAAUUGGGGAUCGAUUCUGAAAUCAUCCUGUCCGACGGCGCCACGCUCUGGCCGAAGUAUCGUGCACGCAAGCAUGAGCUGAUCGUUGCGCGCUGGGGCCCGGAUUAUUCCGAUCCGCAUUCCAACGCUGAUGCGUUUGCGCACAACCCGAACAAUGACUUCGAAGCAAAACUGACGGGCAAGCUGACUUGGCGCAAUGCCUGGCCUGCUGACGGACUGACUGAGCUGACCGACCAGGCAGCCGCAGAAUCUGAUCCGGAAGUCCGUGAGGAAAUCUAUGCCAAAUUGCAGAAGAUGGUGCAGGAAGACUCGCCCUUCACCAUCAUGUUCCAGGCGAUUGGUACCUUCGGCCAGCGCGCGAACGUUGAAGGCUUCGUCAACGGCGUGACCUCCGAUCAGGCCUACUACAAGACUGUCACCAAGUAA